AUGAAUCAUUGUGAUGAUGGUGAUUUUGGGUUUAAACUUGGUCUUAGGUGUUACAACAUGCUUUUGAUGUUGCUGGCACGAUUUCUGAUGAUCAAUGACAUGAAAUGUGUUUAUAGGGAUAUGUUGGAUGAUAAGGCUGGUUUGAAGCCCAACACACAUACUUACACGUCAUUCAUUUUGGGACAUUGUAGGAGAAAUGAUUUAGGUAGAGCAAAUGGUAUGCUUGACGAAGCAAGGAAAAUACUUGGGACAAUGCGAGAUAACAGGCCAAAUGUGCGUACUUAUAAUGAGUUAAUUUCUGGAUUCUGUGAGGGGAAAAAUGUCCACAAGGCGCUUCUCAGUCAGAUGCUAGAGGAAAAGAUUUCUCCAGAUCUUUGCAACUUGGAGAAAGUUGACUGUUCCCUUGCUUUGUUUGAAAGAAUGGUUACAGAGAGCUGCCUUCCAAACUCGUAUACUUACAAUGUGCUGAUUAAUGGAUUAUGCAAAGUGAAAAAACUAGCUGAAGCUUUAGAAUAUCUGGCAAGGAUGUUGGAGGCUGGCAUGAAACCCACAAUUGUUACUUACUCAAUUAUCAUUGAUCAAAUUUUGAAGGAGUUUGACUUUGACAGUGCUUAUAAAGUUCUAACCAUAUGA